ACUACCCACCAAUCUCGAAAUACGACCAGCGGCAGUCUUACAAGAUGGACUUCAACCGGGAGUACGAGGAGUACAAGCAGCUGUACGCCAACAUCCAGAAGGUUUCGCAGAGAUUCAGCGACCUGGAGGCGGAGCUGCGAAAGCUGCCUGAAGGGAGCAAUAACUACAAGAGAAUACAGAAACAAGUCCUGCAGGAAUACGACAAGAUCCAAGCUGAUCAAAAGUACCAGGGCCAGAAGAGACGGUGGAAGGACCUCCAUGCCAAACUGGCUCACAUCAAGAAUUGUAUACUAGAAUACGACAGGGCCAACUUCCCCUGCACAUAGCCAGAAGGGUACCUCUUCACCACAACAUAUCUCUUGUUCACGGACUUACGAUGUGGAAAUGAAGCAUUAGGACUGGAUAAUUAUGGCAUCGCACUCCGCCGGCCUCGUUACUCCCCGACAAUCCUCAUAGAAACAAUCACAACGGUGCGUCGCUUCCAAUCAACACCAGCAUUGAUAAAUAUAGAACUAGACCGGUAUAUGAUGAAUUACGAUCAGAGCCUUGUAGCUGUCGAUUUUCCCCACCGAAGUCCUUCAUUUGUUGUGGCACGACUCUUGUCUGCAAGGCUAACUGCGAGUGUCAGAAAAGUUGACAUCGAUGCCGUUAUCCAUAAGCUUAUGAAUCAAUUCAUCCAGCGACUGCUGCACCAAGUCAGUACCCGGGUGGAUAAGUGAGGAAUAUUUAUGAGUUCCACUGUCCCAGGGUCCCGGCACGUUGGGAAGUGGGAAGUAGAGAUGUUCAGUGGAGUGUGGUGCCAGCGAGGACUUGGACUUACCCCCUGUGUCACCCGCUGUGGCCUCGAGGAAUCAGCCUGCUAGGAAAAAUCUCCCAGGUGGAAUGUGUUAAAUGCAGGGCUCGUAACCACGACUUGAAAAGCAGGGAAGGUGUGUAAUCUUCCUGUCAGUUACUUGUUCAAACUUUCCCGUCCUGUUUCAAAAAAGCUUCACCUAUUCGCAGUUCAGUGGUCGCAGUCACUGUCUGGCCUUCUUGCUGACUGACGAAGAUUGGAAGGGUCACCUGUUGUGUGUCUAAUGCAUUCAGCACAACUAUAAUUAGCCCAGAGAAUAAAUGAAUAAAGGAAAAGAAAAAAAAGGAAAUGCAAGCAAAAGAUGAUCAGCCGACAGCAAGACGUUUGCUGGGACAGGUGUUUCAAGAAGUUGGCAGUAAGCACAUAUUGUACUUCUGCCCCACAUCCAAAAGAAAGAAAGGAUGUCUUUUGCAAAUUGUUCUUGCUACUAGUAGCACGGAAAGUGCCAAGUCUCACCAAGCCAAUGCCAGGCUUCAAGUACAGCACAAACAGGAAAUUUCCUCUCUUUGGGAGGAAGUUUUCCAACCUCGAGGUCACAGUGCGUGGCACAGCCCCAAAAAAGUACUAUUUGCUUUUGCUGCUGCAAUUAAUUGAUAUCCAAGUACAUUGUAUUAAUAUUAUUGUUAUCCUAUAAUAACUAGGUAUAUUUAAUGUGUAAAUACACUAGGCCAACAGGGCUAGGACUAGUAGCUCAAUUUACCCCUGAACAGUAUUGUCCCUCCUUGAGCAUUUGCUGUGAGAGGAUUUUUUUUUUUCAGUCUUUCCUUUUCUUAGCGUACAUGACCUUGCACAGGUAGCAAUUCCACACCAAUGAUUGCAGUAAUCAGGAAAACUGGAUGCGUGGACACGGUCUAUUAAGUGCGGAUGAGAAACCCUCGCCUACACGCAGAGUUCCACUUUCUUAGAUAUGUUAAUCCGAGGCAUAAGGAAACAGCGGAUCUUAAGCCCCCAGCAGGUUCCCUUAUACACUUUCCAAUCAUGGCGGGGUUUUUGCACAACCAAAGUUUUUUUUCGAGGGUAGCGGGGCUCUGUUCCACCACUACGCGGCACGACUUUGUUAACUCAGCUGAAGCAGCAAUCUCGGCUUGAACCUGGGGGCAACAAACAACGUGGCGGGAAUUCCCUGGGAGGAAAACUUCUCAUAAAGUGUUACACCUUUUCCAAGGCCAUCUUUGGACUGCAUUUGGCCCAGGGCAUUCCCUCUGGAAUGUGCAUGUGGUACCCCACCUCAGGCUAUGUAUGCCCACUCCACUAACACAAUCUUGUGAUCAUAUCUUAUUGACCCUGCAGCUUUCCUUUGUACAACAGUCUUCCUAUAAUGAGGAAAAAAAGACUGUUGUUUGAUAUUGUUAUCUCCUACUUACAAUGUAGUUGCUUUCAACGUACCGGUAGUUGCUUUAAUCACUGAAAACAUUGGGAAAAGUGCUGUUUAUAUCUAUAAAACCCCUAUGAUAUAACACAGCAAGUCAACAUAUCACUUGCAUUAAUAUAUCUAUGUGAACACACAUGCAUAUACCUUUGAUUUAGAUUAUACCCGCAUGCAUUAUGCAUAUUUCCUUGGACAUGUUGGCCCAUUUUUAUUUUGUUGAUAUGUUCUUUUGACUGUAAACUCAAGGAUACCGGCCGUCUCAGUCCCUUAAAACCUUGAAGUACGCCAGAAUUUUACGGUCUGUAGCAGAGUUUUCCUCUAUCAAAGACGAGUUUCAUCCUCAGAGAAACACUCCAAAUGGAAGCAGUGAAAAAAAGAGUGCUGAGUCAGUGCCAUAAAAGAUUUCGCCAGAAAAUUGUUUGGCAUUUGAGGAGAAGCUUAUGUUGCAAAUGAGUGAUUUGAUGUCUCAUUUCCGCACAGUUUAUGAUUGUGUGCAGCCAGACUCUGCCGUAAAAUGUGCCGGGCCUCACAUGGGUGAACAUAUCGCCGGCUGUAAAACUAAUUCUUCUGCAGUGGCAACAGUAAAAACAUUCCUGUAAGAGCUCUGAGAUUAAUACCGCGUUCCCCUCGGAACUGUAUUUCACUUGCCAUCAAGCAAAUUGCCACACGGGUAAGCCUGUAUGAUUCGAUUUGGAAAAUGUCCAAUAUGAGGCGAGUCCCUUCUUCUUCUGAAUCAUGAAGACCCAAUGCAAUACAUACUUUCAAUAAUGGUUCCACGUAACAACUGCUGCACGUACAUUCUUUGCUCGUUCCCACAGAUCAGAUUUGAGUUUCAUGCUGUUAGCCAAAGAUCCAAGAGCAACAUUCCUACAGAUAGCAAGCAAUUCUAUUCCAGUAGUGCCAUUCCUUGCAUUCAACAACUCUAAGACUCAUCCUUGUAUUGUGUUCUCUGAGUGGGUCUGUUGUUUUCAAUGUACUGUACAUUUUUCACCUGUUGAUUUUAUCUUCUUCACCAUAACAUCUCUGAUAUCAAAGUUCUACUACCCUAACAUCCCACCACUGGUAGUGUUUUAGCAAAAGAAAAGUACUGAGUUGAACCAAGGACGUUUUAUAACGUCCUAUAUGUUGAACUUUUGGUAGCCUGCAUGUAUUUUGGCCUGCAUUUCUGUACUGCCAAAACAGUUUAAGACUGUGCUUCAAGAAUGGUUCUCAGAGAAUGGUGUGAUGUAACGUAUGACAGUGCUAUAAUCACUAGCCCAGUGGGGGGUACUGCUAUCCACAUCUACAACAUAAAACCACUUUCACAGCAGCUGGAGAUUAAUCGCUUUAGAAGAGAAGUUUUUUUUUAUGUUUGAAUAUGGUACUUGAACUGUACAUUGUGCUGUAAUGUGGUGUGGGUUAAAACAGAUCUUCUCAUUGACUGAACAACACAAAAAGUUGCCGUUUCCCCACGUUAUCUCUGCACCCAGGUACGCUCAAAUGUUGGAAUUGAUGUGAAGUGUUGGCACAUCAUUCUGUACUGGCGACCUCUCAGCAAAGACCAGUACAGAUGGAGACUUUUUGUGGUCUGUUCUUUUCAAGGUCUCCUCUUUGGAACCAUAGAUCAAGACUUCAUCAAACCAUUAUACCCUCCAGUUAUUCAGAUUUCUGUGUAGCCAUCCUGAUUAGGUUAUAUCCACUCUGAAGAAUGGUAAUACCAUAUGCACUCCAAGGGUUGAAACUAUUGUGAAAGGGUCCCAGGCUAACCUCUGUCAGAAUUGUAUACUAACUGUAUGGCCACAAUGGCAGGACAAAUCAGGAGUUCUAACCAGAAUACAGAAUGUUUUAAAAACAAAUUGGAGACUGUAGAGCAGUCUUUGGAUGUAGCAGAACUUUUUUUGCACGACUCUUUCUCUCCCUUUUGUGACACAGACCCAUGUAUGAAACGAGACAGCCGUGGCGUCCCAGAACUAAAGAACAAAUACGUGAUUAUGCCACAUGCAGUCUGAAAGGCAUGAAGGAUAGAUAGCAAAGUCACACAAAGUCAGGGCACGACGGAAUAUUCCGGCAAAAGUGCAUGGACAUUAAGAUAUUCUAUUCCCCCAUCACAUUGAGCCUGAUAACUACCUAGUGCCACGUUAGAAGUUACACAUUAGGUAUUGCAACUUAUCUUCAGACUGCACGCUCUGCUAGUGAUCAAGAUAUCGCUUCUUAGUCACCCAGGGUAAGCCCAGGGAUACUUUGCAAUGCCACUGGCGUGAUCUUAAUUUGCAAAUUGAUUGGAUCCCCGUGUCGUGAUUGUGUAAGGAUGAGCUCCUUUGUUCAGCAGUAAUUGUGUAUUAAUAUAAAAAUUGAAUUUGAAUUGAACUGCCCUGUAUUGUGUUGUGUUGGACGAAGGUGUGCUAAAUUAGCAAAAACUUUUUUGUCAAAGACAAGUAACAAAAAUGAUAUUCUAUUUAUUGUAUUUAAUUACUUGUUAUUCCCUAAUUUUGAGAAAUGACAAUAUGCAUUUUCCUAUUUGCUGAUUUGUGUUAUUAAUAAGUACUUUGUUUCAAGAAGGUGGACUUACAUGAAUGCAAGAAUUGACCAGCUCUGUUUUGAUUGUGACUCAAAUUAUGCAAAGAAAUGAUGUACCAGUGGCUUCUAACCUAUACGAUAUUCCUUCCCUUAAACUGACACAACAUUGUUUUUAAGUUCAGGUUUGUUGAGUUCACAAAAUAAUGAACUAAGACUGUCGUAAGCCACUACAAAAUUUUGUUUUGAAAUUUUCAACAAGGGAAGCAGGAACCUGUUUUUUCCUAUGUGACCGUAACAGUAUUUCAUAACCAUCUAACGUCGACCACUUGUUCUCUUUUUUUUAAGUUGGAAAGAGAUGAGAGCAUUUUAUUGACAUGUACUAUGUAUGUGUGACAAGAAGCUUCUGCAAUAAAGGCGAGAAACGAGCAGUUCAAAA